CGACUUUCCCUCCGACACCAUAUCAACCCAAAUUCCACCACCAGAUUCAACAAUGGCGUUUUUGUUCAAGAAGAUUUUGGAGUCUGCAAAUCCAUUGAAUUCCAGUAGUUCCACCUCUUCGUCGACCUCCAAUUACUCGGUUUCAAGUCAUGUAUCCUUAUCAGAUCAGAUUAUCGUCUGUUCGUCGUCCACUGGAGAGUUCGAUCGAAUCCCCUUGGAUAUAUUUAUGCAAAUCCUCAAAUUACUUGGACCUAAAGAGGCUGCUAAGCUCACUGUAAUCUGUAAAUCAUGGAAAUUAAUUGUUUCUGAUAAUAUGUUUUGGAUAUCUUACCUUCAGAACCAGCAAGGUCCAUGGGACUCGAUGUUCUUCGCUGAAACCAAUUUGCGGUCUGGUUAUCCUCUUCGAACAUAUCCUUCUCGGAUGCAAUCAUUUAUGCAUAUUUAUGGUCAACGAGCACAGGUUCCUGGAGCCAUUAUCAUUGACGGUGGUUCUGGCUAUUGCAAAUUUGGUUGGAGCAAAUACGAUUCUCCAUCUGGGUGGGCAGCAACAUUUUUGGAAUUUGGUAACAUCGAGUCUCCCAUGUACUCUAGGCUUCGCCAUUUCUUUGCAACAAUGUAUAGCAGGAUGCAUGUGAAGUCAUCUACACAGCCAACUGUUGUCUCGAUUCCAAUCACCCAUUCUGACAAUACACAAGCUGCUAAAACAGCUAGACGACAACUAAAAGAAGCCAUCUACUCGGCAUUGUUUGACAUGAAUGUUCCUUCUGUCUGUGCAGUCAGCCAGGCAACUUUAGCUUUGUUUGCAGCACGGAGAACUUCAGGAAUUGUUGUCAAUAUUGGUUUUAACCAAACAUCUGUUGUACCAAUUUUACAUGGUAAGAUAAUGCACAAUGUGGGCGUGGAAGCUGUGGGAGUUGGAGCGUUAAAGCUUACUGGUUACCUUAGGGAGCAAAUGCAACAGAGAAAUCUACGUUUUUCUUCGUUAUACACAGUCCGCACAUUGAAAGAGAACCUUUGUUAUGUUGCUAUUGACUAUGAAGCUGAAUUACGCAAGGAUACAGAAGGGUCGUAUGAAGUUCCUGUUGAGGGUUGGUUUACUCUUAAGCAAGAACGCUUUCAAACAGGAGAGAUUUUAUUUCAACCACGCAUUGCAGGACUGAGUGCAAUGGGUUUGCAUCAAGCAGUGGCACUUUGCGUUGACCAUUGCCAUGCUGCAGGAUUAACCCCUGAUGAGACUUGGUUCAAGACCAUUGUUUUAGCUGGGGGCACUGCUUGUUUACCAGGGCUAGUAGAAAGAUUAGAGAAAGAACUUCACCUUAUUCUUCCCUCGUCCCAAUCCAAUGGAAUACGUGUUAUUCCAGCCCCAUAUGGCGCAGAUUCUGCAUGGUAUGGUGCACAACUUCUCAGCAACUUGAGCACCUUUCCAAAUUCUUGGUGCAUCACAAAGAAGGAAUUCAGACCAAAGUCCAGAAGAAACUUCAUGUGGUGAUAUUUGGGGAUUAAAUUUGCCCAUUUAAACAUCAACUUAGUUACAAAAAGACGUAACGCACCAAUAGGCGAUACGGGUUGUGUUGUUAUGUUCUUGAUUUGUGCCGAUUGUGUAUCAUAAUAUGCUCGAUGUGGGUAACAAAACUUUGUAAUAUAGGUAAAAUAAAUUUGUAAGCGACUUCCCGAACUUUGUGGUAAGCAAAUAAGCUUCGAAGUGAUGUUAUACAAGUAGAAUUAAGAAGUUGGUGUGAA